GUACAAUAUGUAAAGCGCACCAGAUCAGCCUACCGCCUUGCCAUUUGCGUUGGUACCUCGGGAUUCGUCACGCACCCUGCUCCGUAACACCGUUAACUGGCGCACAAGACGCGCCGCAUUCCGCGAUCUGGACGCCAUUCCGGCAACGUUGCCAUCAUUUGUGACCAGAUUGAACCAACGUAAGUAACGAAAGAGCAAAAUGGUUCGCCGGCUGGCCACGCUGGCCACCUGCAACCUCAAUCAAUGGGCGAUGGAUUUCGAGGGCAACCUGGGUCGCAUCAAGGAGUCCAUUCGGAAGGCCAAGGAGGCGGGGGCGACCUAUCGGGUUGGCCCCGAGUUGGAGGUGCCCGGCUACGGAUGCGAGGACCACUUCCUGGAGCUAGACACCGUGAGCCACUCCUGGGAGGUGCUGGCGUCGCUGAUCGAUGACCCCGAGGACCCCACUGCCGGCAUCCUUGUAGACGUGGGCAUGCCGGUCAUACACAGGGGUGUCAUGUACAACUGCCGCGUGUUCCUGCUGGACGGGCGCGUGCUGCUCAUAAGGCCCAAGCUGCACCUAGCCAAUGACGGAAACUACCGGGAAACCAGGUACUUUGCCGCUUGGAAGCACCGGGGUGCGGUGGAGUCGCACCGCCUGCCGGAUGUGGUGGUGGCAGCCAUGCAGCGCAGGAGCCAGCGGGUGAGGCAGGCGGAGGCGGAGGCGGAGCGGGGGAGCGAGCAGCAGCGGCAGC